CGUUUAAUUCUCUCUGCUUUUGCUACAGACAGAGCAAAAACUAACCAAGAUAUGCGAGGAGCUGAUUCGUUGGUUACCUUAAACCACAAGAUUCUCCGGCCGUGUAGGAAACUCCUGAUCAGAAUCACCAAGAGCUGUCCCCGACGCCACAACCGGCAUUUGAAACUCAAGAAAGCUUCUCCUUCUUCUUCAACUUCUUCAGGAAACAAGGUUACCAAAGUGGUGGCUUUGUUCUUCCUCUCAUUCCAUAAGAAGAAGCAAAAGAAAGAGAAGAUGAAGCGGCUCAACGAACUCAGGAGCUUCUCGCACGCAGUCAGUGACCAGAAGAAAGUCCCAAAACAAGAAUCAAGCAAGAAAGUUUUCCCAUCAAGACUCACAAUGUCUUGGCUAGGACAAGGAAAGGGUAACGCCACACAGGAAGUCCCGCAAGAUCACGAUGCACGUAGAGACAGCACAAGCGCAUUCAUUCCAUGAUUUUCAAUCAAAUUAUGUGGA